UCUUCCGGUUUGCAGUGUUGCAGGUGCUGCUGCCACCGUGUACCGAGCUGACAGCAGCCGCGAUGACAUGGAGAGCAACACACACACACACACACACACACACACACUGCCGCUGCUCUAUAAAACCACAGACACAAACACAGACGGAGACACACAGCGAGCUGUUUAGUGCUUACUACAGGAGCUUUCUACAGGAACCAUGGGCGUCAUCAUCUCACACAUCUUCUCCAGGUUCACCUCCAAGAGACCUGUCAGGAUUUUAAUGGUGGGUCUGGAUGCAGCAGGUAAAACCACUCUGCUGUACAGACUGAAGCUGGCCGAGGUCGUCACCACCAUCCCAACUCUUGGUUUUAAUGUGGAGACAGUGGAGUAUAAGAACAUCAGUUUCACAGUUUGGGAUGUUGGUGGUCAGACUAUCAUCAGACCUCUGUGGAGACAUUACUUCACUAACACACAGGGUCUGAUAUUUGUGGUCGACAGCAACGACCCCGAGAGGAUUAAAGAAGCAGCUGACGAGCUGCACAGGAUGUUGGAGGAGGACGAGCUGAGGGGCGUGGCCUUACUCGUGUUUGCUAACAAACAAGAUUUGCCCAGAGCCAUGUCCGUCAGUGACAUCACCGAGGCCCUGGGCCUAUCAGGAGUCUCCCAGCCGUGGUUCGUCCAGGCGUCCUGUGCCGUCAGCGGUACAGGUCUGGUCGAGGGUCUGGACUGGCUCUCCAACCAGAUCCUAAAACAGUAGACGCUGCCGUGACGCUCUGGUGUUCUGCUUUAUUUUGUUUCCUGCUGAUCUUCGAACACGUCUGGCAGUCUGCUAUGAACUGAGAUGAUCCGGUGAAUCCAGGAGAAGCGUGAAGGAUCCCUCGUAGCUUCGACUUGUUAAAAACACCUCGAUCACAAAGACAUUUUACUGCUGCGUUCACAGCACACAUAAGAUCCUGUGUAUCCCAGCUUGCUUCUGGAAAACACUAAGAUCAAUUUGAAUUUUAUCACCUCAAACUGCUGUUACACUGCAGUGAAUGCCACGAAAAGUGACAAAUAUCUGUGCCUAUAUAUUAUAUAUGCAAGUAUUCCUACAUGUGUUUUUAUUGUUUCUUCAUAUUUAUGGUAAAACCAGUGUGUCUCAGUGUGUAUUGAAAAGUCGACGAAUGUCAAAUCAGACAAACAUCACGCUAAUUCAUUGAUUAUGAUUCAUAAAAUGACACUGCAGCACGUAAGUCAAAUGUUUCAUUGCUAAAAUCAAAGUGGCCAAAAAUCAGACGUAUAUAUAUUAUUUUGUGUAACCGGUGGUCCUGCAAAUUUUUUUGGGCCCCCAUAUUGGGAACCACUGUUUCUCACUGAUUCUCUUCAUCUUUUCAUCUGUUUACAAAUUAUUGUACCGCAGACGUUAAUCAUCAGUGAUUUUACACUUGAAAUAAACUUAUAUUCGUAUGUA